CUUUGUGCUUCAUGCACAUGUGUCUAUUCCAGCCCUCCGGAGGCGCCCAGAGGAGACUCCACCACGGCCGCCGGGGAGAGAGCGCCCAACAUGCCCACCGAUGCGCUGCAGACAGGUAGCAUGGUGAAGCCGGUCAGCCCGGCCGGCACCUUCACCUCGGCGGUGCCCCUGCGCAUCCUCAACAAGGGCCCCGACUACUUCCGCAGGCAGGCUGAGCCCAACCCCAAGAGGCUGAGCGCCGUGGAGCGGUUGGAGGCCGACAAGGCCAAGUACGUCAAGAGCCAGGAGGUGAUCAAUGCCAAGCAGGAGCCCGUGAAGCCGGCCGUGCUGGCCAAGCCCCCCGUGUGCCCAACAGCUAAGCGCUCGCUGGGCAGCCCUACCCUCCGCGUGCUGGGUACCAGCGCCAAGACGGAGAGCGGCGUGCAGAGGGAGAACCUGAAGCUCGAGAUCCUGAAGAACAUCAUCAACAGCUCCGAAGGCUCCAGCUCCGGCUCGGGCCACAAGCAUGGCCCCCGAAACUGGCCGCCUCACCGUGCCGAUGCCAUGGACCUGCACCGCCACUCCUUCGCGGAGUCCCUGAAGGUCUACCCUACCCAUGGCCAGGGCAGCGCGCAGGAUGGCAGCACUCACGGAGGCCGGCGGCUCCUGGAGCAGUCGGCCGAGUCCUUCCUGCAUGUGUCUCACAGCUCCUCAGACAUCCGCAAGGUGACCAGCGCCAAGCCUCUGAAAGCAAUCCCCUGCAGCAGCUCCGCGCCUCCCCUGCCCCCCAAGCCCAAGAUCGCCGCCCUGGCCGCCACCAAGUCUCCGGAAGGUGAUGCCGUGGAGCCCACCUGCGGCGUCAGCAGGAGACCCUCCCUCCAGCGCUCCAAGUCAGACUUGAGUGACAGGUACUUCCGCGUGGACGCCGACGUGGAGCGGUUCUUCAACUACUGUGGCCUGGACCCCGAGGAGCUGGAAAACCUGGGCAUGGAAAACUUUGCAAGGGCUAACUCAGACAUCAUCUCCCUCAACUUCCGCAGCGCCAGCAUGAUCAGCUCAGACUGUGAACAGUCUCAGGACAGCAACAGUGACCUUAGAAAUGACGACAGUGCCAAUGACCGGGUGCCCUACGGAAUAUCCGCCAUCGAGAGAAACGCGCGAAUCAUCAAGUGGUUGUACAGCAUCAAACAGGCGCGCGAGUCGCAGAAAGUGUCCCAUGUGUGA